UUUAGCACUCCCCGCAUUCUCUUUUCUCUAUCACGAGUAUAGAUCUACCAUACUCCAUACAAUAGUCUACACAUAUCCACAGUGACCCCUCCACAAUGACGAUAGAUAGUGGGGACGUCAUCGCUACAGACCUGUGAAAACUAGACUGUCACCGCUCACAGACUCACCACACUCCCCCCACAGGCCACAGGCCUGUUCUCCGGAUCGUUAGGCCCUGGCCUGGGCCUGGCCAAGGAAGCCAAGAGUCAGUAGAGGUCUACUGAGAUGAGUAGUGUCAGUAAUCAUGUAGGAGUCAGACUACCGAUAUGUAACUGUCGAGGCACAACCGCCACAAGUACAUCUUUACUUCCCUACCAGCUUCGAGGUGAGUCCAAAAACACAAAAUUAAUGUUGUCGAGUUUUGUUCUCCUUGGCUUUCCGGCGUAGACCGGUAUCUUCCCGUGGGAACCGUGUUUGCCGAUCAUGAUUGAAUCGCCUGUUGCGAGGCCAGGCACGUAGCAAUAUGGACGGAGCUGGGGGUGGCGGUGGUGGUUCGAUUGGUAGGCGCUCGACGUUCUCGGUAUUCAAUCCGGGAAGCCAAUUGUCCAUUGGCAGUGCGACCAGUAAUGGUGCAGGCUCCGCGGCGCAGCAGGGUGCUACUGGAGCCGCCGGUCCAUUUAUCCCAACGCGUCGCUCGUCUCUCUCGUCGUCCAGCGGUGCUUUGGCAGGGCGGGACGCACGGAGAAUGCCGGUGGUGAGUUUGCGACAGGAAAAGACUGGGUCAUUGAAACGAGGUGCUGGUGGCAGUGGUGCUGUUGGUCCGUUGCACAUCCCCAAGCGCAUUGCUUCCACGAAACGCAAGUCAGUCAGCGGCAGCCAGAAACAACCUCCCGGCGCAGUGAACAGGGCAUUCGACGCUCCAUACUUCGGUACAGCGUAUGCCAACACGGCCGCAGCGUUGCCCAGUGCUUCCAGCCACGGUAUGUCCGCUGGACAGGCAGUGUAUUCUCGGGUCGUACCUCGCGAACAGCGUCAUAGUGUGAUCGCGGAGCUGAAUGGCGACGCGGCGAGUGCAAUCACACCGCCGGAUUCCGGUACCACUACUCCAAUAUCGUCAUCGGCGAGUUACCCCAGUACGGAUGACCUGUUGGAUGCUGGCGACAUGCGCUUGUUUGAGCAGCCGGGUACCGCCGCCGCCCUGUCCAAUGAGGACUGGCUGGCGCAGUCACCUGACCGAGGGUUUGUACGUGUUCACACUAGCGACGGGUCGUACACGGGUGCUGAGCGUUGCACACUGGAGACCACGGCCGGCGAGCUAGCCGAGCGCAUCGGCUCCAAGUGGCUGUUCGUGUUCAACAGCAGCGGCAUGGUGCGUCGACUCGGCGGUAACGAAAGGCCGCUGCACAUCCAGGUGCGCAAGCUGACCGAGAUGGGGUACGAAGGUGUGCGCCUACAGCGACGUGGCCUGAGCGCAGAGACUGAUCACUGCAUAUCCUUCUAUGAUGGCAAGCCGGUGAAUUACGUGCGAGAGGACCAGGUCUACCUGCCAUCUCUGGUGCGUAUCAAGCAGAAGGCAUGGCACAGCAUGUGGCGUCGGCGCUACUGCUGCAUCUGCGGCAACCGCCUGUUCCUCUACUCCAACGAGACUGGCAAAGGCAAGCCCAGCAAAAUCGAGGUGCUGACGAACGCCCGUGCAGUCCAGCACCGGGACAAGACCCACGAGCAUUGCCUCAGCCUGACUGUGCAAGUGACUGCUGACACACCGGAGCGCUCCUAUCUCAUCUCGUUCGACUCCUGGUCGGAACAUGACCAGUGGAUGCGGCUCUUACCACGACUAUCCCAGCAGCGUGAACAUGAAGUGGACCUUUCAGGCUGCAGUCUAGAAGCACUACCGGACGUACUACUGUACGACGACAACGUGCAUAUUCUCAACCUGACACGCAACUACAUUCGCAGCCGCCCCAUCAAGCCACAGAACAUGCACCAUCAACCAGCUACCAUACGAUCAUUGCGUGCCAUGAAGGAUCUCAAGCAUCCGUUUCUGCACAGCUCGAUCGAGUCUGCCUUGCCGAAGUCUGGUUGGCUGGACGAUCUGCUGCGUUUCCGUCACCUCCGCUCUCUCACUCUAGCUGACAACUGCCUGGAGACCGUCCCCACUGUGCUCUACGUUAUAAUAACACUACGGGAAUUGAACCUUGCAGUCAAUGACCUAAAGGAGAUACCUCCAGGCAUCGGUGCUCUCAGAGGUCUGCAGGUGCUGCAUCUAUUCUCUAACAAGCUAUCUGACUUGCCAAGAGAUCUUGUUCAGUUGCAACAGCUAACGACUCUCAGCAUCGGCUUCAAUCGAUUCAAGGUCAUUCCGGACGUGGUGCAUCAGUUGACACGUCUCCGCAAGUUUGUCAUUGCUGGGAACUCUUUCGGAACCAGCAUUUGGACGGACCUGGGCAAGAUAGGUAAUCUUGAGGCGCUGGAUGCACGCUUAGUCCCGGUGAUGGAGGCGAUGCAAGACGCCAUGCUCACCACCAAGUUGACUUACGUCGACCUGGACAACACGGGCAUUCGCAGUCUGUACCUGCCCAAGGCUGGUGUCAUUGCCAGCAUGAACUGCUGUCACAACAAGCUGAGCACGUUGCCAAUGUUCUAUCCAACACUCGUGUCCGUGCUGGCCAACUGCAAUAGAAUCGAGGAGUUGAGAAUGUCACCAAAGCCCACCAAUCUAACCCGACUACUUCUAUCUCGUAAUCAACUGAAGGAGAUUCCAGAGGAUCUGUGUGACCUCAGCAAGCUUCAGAUCCUAGAUGUCAGCCACAAUCACCUGACUAAGCUGCCAGCAAGGAUCUUCUGGAAUAUGCCGUGCUUGAGAGGCGUGGACGCCAGUUUCAAUCGUCUUCAGAGUCUGCCGGAGCGCAUCGACAACUGCCAGAUGGCCCGUUUGAAUCUGCACGGAAACCGGAUACGAGAACUGCCCAUUGCAUUCCUGAUGCGUGCAAACAUGCUAAUAGCGCUGAAUCUGAGCAGCAAUCUGCUGACUGGACUGCCUCCGAUCGGACCGGCACAUGAGAUUUACCACAUGGAAGAGCUUGCGCUGACCAACAAUAGCUUGAACGAGCAGUGCUUCGCUACAAUCGCUGGCUACAAGAAGUUGAAAAUCCUCCACUUAGCCAUGAAUCAAAUCCGACAGCUUCCAAUCAAGUGCAUACAUGAGCUGCUGGAGCUUCAAGAGCUCACAGUAUCCCGCAACCUGCUGACACAGCUGCCAAUACAGUCGCUGGCCAAGUUGCCAAAACUGGAGAGGAUCAUGGCGCACUCUAACCAGAUCACAGAACUUGGUGACUUCCGGAAAGUCCGCAAGCUGGUGCGCUUGGAUGUGUCCUGCAAUGACCUUACAACUAUUGAUCACGUAACAAGUAUCAUCUCAUCGCUACAUGGCCUGGACCUGUCCGCCAACCGUAACCUGAACUUGACUACUGGCGUGCCUACAGCCUUGAAGGGUUUACCACGUGUUGUGAUUGAGGAGAUUCCCAACGCAGAAGAUUACCUUGCAGAAGUAGGUCGGCACGUAGACUAUCAAGGCAUUCCAGCCCAUGGUUUGUGGACGCAUGGAUCAGCUGAAGCAUCGGGCAAUCGUGGCAAGCACUGUGCUGGACAGGUAAAGUCACAAGCUUUCCGCAACGGCCGUGAAGGACUCUAUGGCGUGUUCAACAGUGGUCAGAAUGUGCAGAUCCCGCACUUCCUCAGGCAAAACCUCGCUUCCAUUGUCCUGGAGGAGUUCACGAACCAGCAGCAGUUUGGAAGUGGCAGCAAGCCGCUCAACUACCUCAAGGAAGCAUUCCUCACAGCUCACAGCCGUCUUGGUCCUAUGGUGCGCAAGGGUGGUGCGUCGCUGGCCAUCUGUCACAUCUACUGCCUGAGUGGGGCCACGGCAUCAUCGGUGGCUGCGCGUCGUUCCGGCGUGCUGAACUACCGCCUGAAUGUAGCCAACGUGGGCCAUGUGCAGGCGGUGCUGAGUCGUGCGGGCAGCGCAAUGACGCUGACACAGCUACACACGACGGAGGAUAGCGCCGAGGAGCGCACUAGGGUUACACGCGUCGGAGGAUUCAUCACGCCGGAGGGCAAGGUCAACGGGCUGCUUUCAGCGACGCGGGUCAUUGGGACGGCAUCUUUGAAUCCUUACAUCAUACCCGAACCGUCGCUGCUCUCCAUCGAGUUGGCUGCCGAGGAUGAGCUGUUGAUUAUUGGCUGUGCCGGCCUGUGGCUGCACGUAACACACCAGGACGCCGUGGCCAUGGCUCGUGAGUGCAGCUCGGCCAGCCAAGCAGCCAAGGCACUGAGAGAUCUGGCGCAGGCGUAUGGAUCGCAGGGCAACAUAAGUAUCGUGGUGGUGUUUUUCAACCAAACUAUGCUCAGCGGUCGCGGUCGCUCUAGCAGUGGUGCCAGCUACACUGAAUCUCCUAGACUGCGAUGAGUGCACGUGGAGCAAAGGACAGGUGCUGCAGUACGCUGCUGUUUAGUGUACAAGUGAUUGAACUCGAAAGAUGAAUUGAUUUUUUUAAAGGAUUAUAUGGCUGGCGUCGUUCUCCAGCGUGCCGUCCAAUACUGCUCAUAGCCUAUACAGUAAGUGAUGGAGUGUAUUAUAUUCUUCUCAUACGCUGGCCAACAGUUGUAUGUUUGCACUUAUUUAUUGAACUAACUUGACAUUAAAUUAAAUUUUGUAUUUAUGGGAGCUGAGCUUUCUUUAUUCUUCUUCACAUUUUCGUUUGGUGGCCCUUUGUCACCAAAAUAUCACUUCGGUGAAAUGCAUACAGACGAGAGUAAUUUCUGCUGGCAGAGAGGCUUCUUGGAAAUGUACAUAAUUAUCAUGUGUAUAAGACCACGAUCCGUUCCACCCCUUCUUUUGGAACAGUCCACAAUGUGUUUCCUCUUUCUGACUUCCAGAGCAAAAGAUAUGCGAACCAAG